UAGAUGUGCACCAAGAUAGAAAUAGAGAGGAGCGAUGAGGACAGGGAGAGUAACAGAGAAAGAGAGAGUUGAUGAAAUCAUAAAGCUUCAAAAAACGAAUAUGCACACCCAAAACACCGUUUAUCGCAAAACAAAACCCAGUUCUCUUCUAAAAACUGAAAUUAAAACCCGUAACUCCUCUGUCUUCUCCGAAACCCAAAAAUCAAAACCUUCUCCUUCCCCCAAAAUCAAAAUCCAAAACUUAGAUGAGAAAGAAGUAAGCGAUCAGAGGUGCCAUUCUCACGCAAUCUCCGAUUCUCUCACAUAAUAGCCACCGAUUCAUUAGGCCAACUCAACCUCAACCCUACUACUACUACAAAAGAAAACCCUAAACAAACCCUAGACGACGACACUACUACUACUGCUGUCACACCUACCAGAUCGCCUCGAAGAAGAAGCAGAGGAAGAACCAACCGAUGAGGCUUCCGAUCAGCCUUCUGUAACUGCCGUCGAUUCCGAUGCGAAGUACGGCGAGGAUUCGAAGAGUUCGUACAACGCCAAGAGAGAUAUGAUUUACACGGAGAUAGAAAUAGAGAGAGGCGAUGAGGCCUGAGGCAUGGAGAAAGAAACAAAGAAAGAGGCAAAAUCAGACCAUCGGAACCACAAGCACAUAAAAAGAAAAAUCUAUGGCCCAUCAACACUGGUUUUUAAAACACAGAAUGAUUGGGAAUUUAGAGGAAUACAGAGAUAGUGUUCGUGAAUGUCGCUGCCACCAUCAGAUUAUCAAAUUAUCAAAACUGGCGCCGAUGGUGGUAACUUGGCAAAGAAGUGGUCUACUAAAGAACAUCUCUACCCAAUCCGCAAGCUUGAUCAGUCUAAAUUUUAAUUGUUUAAAGUCAGAUUCACAAUGGGUUCAUGUCUCGCCACAAUUGGCAUAGUGCUAAGUUACACACCUUUAUUCUCCAUUGGUGUUUUGAACUACUACUUGCAAACAAGGCAAACAGAGUCGACACAUGGUUGUCCCAUACAGUAAAUUCAAGCAUACAAAGAAAUCAACCCAAACUCUUUGGAACUGAACACUUUGCCUUGCCACAAUUUAUUCUUAGUUGUAAAUCCAUGAGUUUUCUCUCGGUCAAGAUCAACAACCGCAUUCUCAAAUUACCCCCUACGUCAUCAGCUGGUUGUGGCAUCAAUACUACUCUACACAAUUGAAUCUUACAAGAAUAAGUAGAAUAAAGAGAGUAUCAUUAGUUGGUUAGCCAUUAUUUUCUGUUAAACAUUUUGGUUGUAAAAUUGAAAUUGUCUUGCAAGUUUUAGUUUGGUGAUUCAUUGUGGUUCCUAGGAAUAGCAGAUUUGCUAUUUGAAAUUGUCAUGUAAGUUUUAAUUGUUUAAAGUCA